AUGGAUGGAGGACAGCCUGUCCCUUCACCCCUAGUGCCCCUUGAGAACGUGUCAUCAGAUUCUAGCAUGUCUCUGGAGCAGAAAACCACAUUUGUUUUUGUGAUUUUGUUGUUUAUUUUCUUGGGCAUCCUCAUAGUCAGGUGCUUCCGGAUUCUUCUGGACCCGUAUCGGAGCAUGCCAACCUCGACCUGGGCUGACGGACUUGAAGGCCUAGAGAAAGGGCAGUUUGACCAUGCCCUUGCUUAA